GACGGAGUUCCGGUGCGCUGUCGACGGGAGGUAGCGGUUGCAUCAGUGUGAUUCGGCGGUGGGAAGGUCAUGGAGGCUGAGGUAGUGACACAGAAACUAGAGGCCAUGGAUGUCGAGGGGCAGCCUAAAGUUACAUCUGAGAAACAGAAAGGAGGCAAGAAGAAAAGCAUUAAGGAAGGUGGUGAUACAAUGAGAGCAGAGUUGGAUCCGUGGCCAGCAUAUAUUAAUGAACGCCUUGAACUGUACCACAAACUCAAAGCUGAAAGUGAUUCUAUUUUGGCAGAACGUGCUAUGAAAGAGAGUAAACCAAUAAUUGUUACUCUACCAGAUGGUAAACAAAUGCAGGGAGACUCCUGGAAAAGUACCCCUUAUCAGAUUGCAUGUGGAAUUAGUCAGGGUUUGGCCGAUAACGUGGUUAUUGCUAAAGUAAAUGGAGUGGUUUGGGAUCUGGAUCGACCGUUGGAAGAAGACUGCAGUCUCGCAUUGCUUAAGUUUGAAGAUGAGGAGGCUCAGGCUGUGUACUGGCAUUCUAGUGCCCAUAUACUGGGAGAGGCGAUGGAACGAGUCUUUGGAGGGUGUCUCUGCUACGGACCACCAAUUGAAAAUGGAUUUUAUUAUGACAUGUUCUUGGAUGAAGGAGGUGUCUCCAGCAAUGAUUUUCCAGCUCUAGAAAAUCUAUGUAAACGUAUUAUGAAGGAUAAACAACCAUUUGAGAGACUUGAAAUAAAAAAAGAAACUCUUCUGAAUAUGUUCAAGUACAACAAAUUCAAGUGUAGGAUUCUAAAUGAGAAAGUGAAUACUCCUACUACAACAGUGUACAGGUGUGGACCCUUGAUUGACUUGUGCAGAGGACCUCAUGUCAGACACACUGGAAAAAUUAAGGCUCUGAAAAUUCACAAAAAUUCUUCCACUUACUGGGAAGGCAAGUCUGAUAUGGAGACGCUACAGAGGAUUUAUGGAAUUUCUUUUCCAGAUACAAAAAUGUUGAAAGAAUGGGAAAGGUUUCAGGAAGAGGCCAAAAACCGAGAUCAUAGAAAACUGGGGAGGGAGCAAGAGUUGUUUUUCUUCCAUGAACUCAGCCCAGGAAGCUGUUUUUUCCUGCCUAAGGGAGCUUAUAUAUACAAUGAGCUCAUUACAUUCAUUAGGAGUGAGUACAACAAAAGAGGUUUUACAGAGGUGGUGUCUCCUAAUAUUUACAACCACAAACUGUGGCAAACAUCAGGACACUGGCAGCACUACAGUGAGAAUAUGUUUUCUUUUGAAGUGGAGAAGGAAAUCUUUGCCCUAAAACCUAUGAAUUGUCCAGGUCACUGUCUCAUGUUUGAUCAUCGGCCGCGGUCUUGGCGGGAGCUGCCAUUGCGAUAUGCUGACUUUGGAGUCCUUCAUCGUAAUGAGCUGUCGGGAGCACUGACUGGCCUGACUCGGGUCCGCAGAUUCCAACAAGAUGAUGCUCACAUUUUCUGUACCAUGGAACAGAUUGAAGCAGAAAUUAAAGGUUGCCUGGACUUCCUGCGUGCUGUCUACAAUGUCUUUGGAUUUACUUUUAAACUUGAACUUUCUACUCGCCCAGAGAAGUUUCUUGGUGAUGUUGAAGUCUGGAACAUAGCUGAGAAGCAACUUGAAAAUAGCCUCAAUGGGUUUGGUGCGAAGUGGAGUUUGAAUCCUGGUGAUGGUGCUUUUUAUGGGCCCAAGAUUGACAUAAAAAUCAAAGAUGCUAUUGGUAGAUAUCAUCAAUGUGCUACAAUUCAGUUGGAUUUCCAGUUGCCUGUCAGAUUUAACUUGACCUAUGUGAGUCAUGAUGGUGUUGACCACAAUAGGCCUGUUAUCAUUCAUCGGGCAAUCCUAGGCUCUGUGGAACGAAUGAUUGCAAUUUUGACUGAAAACUAUGGUGGCAAAUGGCCUCUCUGGCUGUCUCCACGUCAAGUAAUGGUUGUACCUGUGGGACCUACAUGUGAAGAGUAUGCACAACAGGUUCAACAGCAAUUUCAUGAUGCUGGGUUGAUGACUGAUGUUGACCUUGAUCAAGGAUGUACACUGAACAAGAAGAUCCGAAAUGCACAACUUGCUCAAUAUAACUUUAUUCUUGUGGUUGGUGAAAAAGAGAAGAGCAGUGGAACUGUAAAUGUACGCACAAGAGAUAACAAAGUGCACGGGGAGCGCACAAUAUUUGAAACUAUUCAGAGGCUUUUGCAGCACAAGAAAUGCAGAAGUAAACACGCUGAAGAGGACUUCUAAGACUUUUGGAAUCCUGCCAUAUAUACCUGUAGCCAAAUAAGCGCAGUUUCAAUUUUUUUUAUUGGGUAAGGGAAAGCAAUGAUUUCAUUCGAAGAAUCUUAGCUGCUCGGAAAUUAUCACAAACUUUGUCUGUCAGCAUGGUCAGUAAUGUUAAUUGUUGGUCAAGAAUUAGUUACUGUUUCAAUUUCCGCGUAAUGGUCAUUUAUUGCAUGAAGAUGAUUUUUGAAAAUACUUCAAAACUAUUUGUAGUUUUUUCUGUAAUUCAUUUUUCAGCAUUUUUACCAAAUACUUUGACUCUCAACUGAACAAAAGGAAUUAACGCCCCUAAUAAAAUACAUUUCCUUCAAUAUCGAUCAGUUUUUAUUGCAGUAUUGUGUUAUUGAAUUCACCUUUUUCCUUUUAUAUGUAUGAAUGGCUUCUCUCCACCAAGCUCACCUUUUAAAGGAGGAUAUGUAUAUUCUUUAUAUCCAAAUGAACUUCAGUCUUGAAGAAAAUAUUAGACUGUUGUAGUUGAAUUGCUAUUAGAUAUAAAUCUUUAAAUCUAUUUAACCGUUUAAAAACCAAAAGGCUUUUGUUUUAAAAAAUACAAAUACUGUCACUUUCUCCAACAUGUUGAGGUGUUGGCUGGCAGUGUCACAGUUUCAGCCUGUUCAGUACUCUUCCCACAUCAGUGAGUGGCAGUAGUACUUGGCAGUACUCUUCUUGAACCCAAGGAAUUUGUAACCUCUGCAUUCAAGAAAUGUCCAAAGGCAAGGGAGAAAAGUCUGUAGAUAUCUAUCCUUUAUACCUUGUGGUAGGAGGUAACCGUACCUCCCGCAUCCUCCAAUUUACACUCUGACAAAAAGCACUUUGUUGUUCAACCACAACUGGAACCAGUCUUCAAAAGGCACAACAUGCCACAAUAUGCUCAAUCUUGGAAGAGGUUAAUGGGCCAGAUGUAAUAAUGCUGCGUCCUAAACAUUUCCAGUCACACCACCAUCCCUCACUUGAGCAUAACGUGCAUUUCCCUGAAAUAGUACUCACGGGAGCAUAUUAUGUGGAUGCAAUCCAUCUUAGAGAGCAGCUGUAAUUAUCAUCCCAGACUUUGGUUCGUUUCCUUUAUAUUUCCUUGUAUCUUGAUAGUUGUAAUAUUCCUCAUGACUAUUAAUGUCAUUUGCACUGAAGAGGCUAAAGGAGGUAAGUGGUGUUAGCAGA